GCGUACCGCCAACACACGCGCGCGCGCGAAACCGUCCGCCGACGAUAUAUUAUCACAAUUAAUACCUGUCCCGUCCGUCCGUCCGUCCGUCAGCGAGAUCGACCGCAUCAACACGACGCACGUCGUCCGUACAUUGGCCGCAAAUCGCGACGAUACCGCCACAUUAUACCCGUCGGGCGACGGUCACCGCAAACUACCUGUAAUACAAUUUAAUAGCGUACGAUCAUUGGAGGAAACGCCAUCGCGAACGGGACGCGGGUGUUCGACCGUCGACGCGGCCGCGCUAUGGAAUCGCGCGGGGCGCUGUUGCUGUUGGCCGUGUUCGUCGUGGCGUUCCAGCGACCGGCGCACGGUCAAGAUUGUCCAGAUGGCGUACCAGUAACGUACGUUAAAUAUAGUAAUUCUGCUCCGAGAUCUGUAGUACAGCCGAUCUUAUUAUACGCCAGCACUCCCGGAGUUGCCAUAACGGCAGAAUGUUACAACAGAUGUAGAAAGUCGGUGGACUGUGCCGGCUUCAUAAUAGAUUACACAUCGACAUCAUGUUACCGGGUACCUAAUAUGGGAAGUUCCACCGACAAUAUUGUCGUGACCCCUAAUGUAAACUUUUUUAGAAAAGCCUGUCUCCGCGUUCCCGAAUCAUGUAACCGAAGAGCAUGGCCAAUCGAAGUAUCCAUGGACUACGAAAUAAAUGGUUUUCAAUAUUCAGUUAUACCCAAUAUUGGCGAUAAAUGGCGAUGUGCCCAACUAUGUAUUGACCAAAACAAUUGUAAGUCAGCGAAUUACUUCCGAUCAACCAAGAUGUGUUCAUUGAAUUCCGAAACCCGUAAGACUAAACCUACGGCAUUUAAUCCGAGUCGGAAUCAAGUCGAAUACUUAGAAAAUGAAUGCGCCAAUACACUGCCAGGUGUAAAUCAAAUGAGUUCAUGCUGGCACGAACCUGUUUAUGAUAGAACUUUACAACAAGUGGACUUACAAGUAGAAAACAUUAAUAUUGAACAAUGCAAAGAAAGAUGUGAAUCUGAACAAUAUUUUAGCUGCAGAGGUUAUACUUUUAAAUGCCCUACAGAUGGAUUUGGUGGUACUCUUUGUCUUUUACACGGUGACGACACACUUACAGCUGGCCCGCUCAUCCCAUCACCGUGUUCCACUUACAUAGAAAGAAUUACUUGUAUUGAUUUAAGCGUCUCGUGUAAUGAUGACUCUAUGAUAGUGUCGUUGAGAUCUCAGGGCUUCAAGGGCAGAAUGUUUGUGCUAGGAAGACCAGAAGAAUGCGGUGUUAACGGUCGCCAUACAGAUAUGACAACGAUUACCCUUCCGAUUGUUGAAAACCACACUCAACGCAAUCGCUGUGAUGUUGUGGUGGCUAAAUCGGCAAACAGCAAUAGGAAAUUGGCUACAGCUGUUGUCGUAGUACAACACCACCCGAUUAUACAAACCGUUGGCGAUCGAGUGACCAAAGUGUCAUGUGCUGUUGGUUCAAGUCCCCACCCGUCGUUCUUGGCAUCUAGACCACAGAACAUUACUUUAGACGCUACGUUUGGUGUAGCAGAACCGAGCAUACAUAACACUAUAUACAAUGACGGUGGCUACGAUCCAAAUGGUUUAGUUGGCUCUGCAAAUCAAGUCGCCAAGAUGAGAAUUUUAGAAGUAGGACGGAACGUAAAACAAGUAUCUGAAGUAAAACUUGGCGAUGAAUUAGAGCUCCGGAUUGAUGUGAAUCAACCAUAUAACGCAUCACAAUUAAGAGCAGGCCACUUGAUUGCUAGUUCUGGAGAUGGUCUGGACUCCUUGUUACUCUUAGAUUGGAGAGGAUGUCCUCCAGAACCAUCGACAUUUCCGGUAUUGAAUUUAACACCUCCAAAUUCUAUGGUUGCAAGAUUCAAAGCAUUCCGAUUUCCUUCGUCACCUGUACUACGGUUUAGCCUCAUGAUGAUGUUUUGUGAUCAGCUGUGCAAGCCAAGUGAUUGUGGAAACGGACAAGUGUCCUAUGGUCGACGAAAGCGCGAUACACAGGCCUCAGAAACUAAACCAAAAGAAGUGCCAUUACAACUCGCAAUCGUAGUACGUUCUCUUGAGGAACAAGAAGAAAUUAUAGCCAGUCAAAGUCAAAUUAGUAAUAGUAACAAUAAUAAUGAGAGAUCAUCAAGAAGAUUAGAAGCUUCAGUAAUUCGCAACAACGAAUGGUGCAUUACUUGGCCUAUAGGAUUAGCAAUCACUAUAAUUCUAGUCACUAUGCAAACAUUAAUUGUAUUAGGCUGUUGGUCAUUUUUUCGACGAUCAAACCAAAAGGUCCUUAAUGAUCGUGUGACUUUAAAUUCCGACUUUCAACCAAGACAUGUCACUUGGGCUGAUCAUCAAUAAAUACCUACAAAAUAUACCUAAUAUUAUUUUGUUUGUAUGUACGUUUACCUUUUUUUUAUAUAUAUUAUAUCCUAUAUAAUUAUAUCAAAUAAAUUUAUGUACAAAUUAUUUUAUAACCAAAAAUAUAUUAAGAACCGGCGGUAAUGUAAUAAAACUUUAUAAAAAAUUGUAUAUUAAAAAUCAUUAUUUCACUAUACAGAGUGUUGCACCGAGCAUAUUCUCCUUAUGUAUACCAUUAAUUAAGCAUUUAUUCAAAUUAAUUAAUUGACUUUUAGUAUUUCGAUGUAAAUACACUUUGAUUUUAUAUGCCAUUUAAAGAAUAUUCGAUGGUGGUACAUACUUUUUUCUUUUAAUGAAAACAGACUGUUGUUACUAUAAAUUACUAAAGGUACGGUUUCCCCGCAGUGUCAAAGAGUGGAACAGCGCGGCGUCAUUAUGUCACGUCCAAAUGCGGCGGGGAAACCAUACCUUAAGCAAAUAAUUUUUUUUCAAAGUUAAUGGAUAAAUCAAAAUUCGAAUGAGUUAUAGUUAUUUUUAUGUUAGUUUCAAAGUUAUUACGACCUUAUAUACUUAGAAUAAUAGGCCAUGAUAAAUAAAUAAAUAAUAUGUCUGUGAAGACUGUUAAGGU